AUGGCUCUGUCAUUCCCUUAUAUUUUAACAGUGUCCCAAUGCAAUGUGCUAUCGUUAUUUAGUAUUCGAGCUGUCAAUGAGAACGUGGGCCACAGUCCCGUCGAAAAGAUAGAGAAGCCCCACCUCCUUGCAACACUCAAAGCCGAGAGCAUAUUGGCGCCCAUGUCAUUGUCUGUGCGUGUCGCAGGCUCGGAAAUCAUAUCUUCUAUAGUAUACAGCUUUUACCACAUUGGCUGUGGCUGGUCAAUAGGUUUACAAGAACUACAUUUCAACAAAAGUGGCCAGCAGAUCAACUCACGGCUCACAACCACGGUGGAUUGCCAAUAUGGUGUGACAGCGUUACGUCCAUCUAGCCGGGUACCAGAAGAGCCACAGUCUUUACUGAGCAGUGACCUGUACGGGUGGCCUACUGAACCAUCGAUCUUACAUCGAGAACCUCCAACUUCGAUCUCCUAUUCGCACCCAUACCUCUUGACUUCUCACGCAGACAACACGUUGACUGUGUACCUCGUUGUUUCUACAACAACAAGUCUUUAUGUCAAAGGCGGCCAGAGACUCUGGGGCCACACCACAUCAGUUGCAGCCGCACAAGUAGGUGAUCAUGGUAAAGCAGUGUCUGUUAGCUCACGUGGUGAUGAAAUUCGAAUAUGGGAACUCGAGCCUUUGAUCUCUUAUUUUGGGACGCAGAGAAUGUUAGAGGAAAAGAGUAUACAAGUUAGCCCUGAGAACAAGCAAUGUCAGAAGUAUGACAACUUCGGCGUAUUGUCAGGAGUCUCUCGCUGCGAAGUCAAUGAUGAUCAAUCUUCUUCUCUGGAAAGAUCUUACGAAUUGGACCGGAUACGAGGUUGCGUUGGGUUCGAUGAUGAGCGUGUGCUUCUGCUUCGGGAACGGAAUAUCGGAAACCAGCUACUAGAAUUAUAUGACUUCACAUGA